AUGCACAUCCCUUGCUCUGUCUUCUCACAGUGUCAACUUGAUCUCUUGAUGUGGCUACUACACAUCAAUGGCAUUCAAGAUGUACCAUCUGUUAGAACAAUGAAGACUCUUGAAGAUGACCUUCAAAAAAUCUGUGGUAUUGAAACUUUGCCUUUCACUGGUGCUUUUGGGCACCAACAUUAUAUGAAUUCAUUUUCAGACAUUAUCAGGCAGCUGACUCCUAUGAUUUGCCUUCAUGGUCAAGAUUUUUUCAUAUUUGAGCCAGCCCUUUUGUCAAAUGGGCAGGUUUGCAUGCCUAUAAGGUGGUUUAAAUGUAUGUUUCUUUUACUACUACAUUUGUCCUACUCAAAACAACUAGGAAUUGAAAAUAGUCAUCAGGCUGGACUGUUGUUGGAACCAUGGACACUCAUAAACCCACAUGAGGGAAAUCAUUGGCAUGUGCUUGCAAAUGGAGCUUAUGUCUAUGGUUUUCCAAUCUGGCUUCACUGUGAUGAUACUUCAGGGAAUGUAUCAAAAUGUUGGAACAAGCACCAUUCAUUCCUGUUCACACCAGCUGGCUUGCCACAUGCUGCAGUGCAUCAGGAAUACAAUGUUCACUUCCUAUGCACAUCUAAUGUUGCACCACCCCUUGAAAUGUUGGAUGGUUUUGUAAAUCAGCUUGAGGCUGCUCAAGAGACAGGUGUAUGGGCAUGGGAUUGUGUACACAAGGAGCAAGUGUUAAUGAUUCCCUCUGUCUUAGCCCUGUUGGGGGACAAUCCAAUGCAAAGUGAGCUUGCCUGUCAUGUAGGGUUGAGGGGAAAAUACUUCUAUCAUGUUUGCAAUGUCAAAGGCCAUGACACUCAAGACUUGGACACAAAUGCUAAUGAUGACACACUGGAGCAGAGUGAUGGAGGACAGAGUGAUGGUCAGAGGUCAGUCAGGAGUGCAGGGGGGGAGUCAGUUAGUGGUAGAAAGAAGGGAAAAGGGAAAGAGACAAUGAGUGGGAAUAAUACCAAAAUCAAGGAGAAGAUGACAUCAACUGGAUUGAAAGACACAUAUCUUGAAUACUUUAUCAAUGGGAUUGCAGCAUCAUGUAAGAGGCAGCAAGGAAGCAGUUCAAAGCAGGAGGCACUGGAUGUGUUCAUCAAGGGACUUCCUGAGAAUGUGUAUAGCCCAGUGUGGCACAUCAAAGGACUUAAUCCUCAUGCAGACACUCCUGUGGAGGUGCUGCACACUGUUCUUUUAGGAUUUGUCAAGUAUUUCUGGAGAGAUGUGGUGAACAUCAGGGUUGGCAAGGACAAAAUAAAGUGUGAACUUCUUGAAGCUCACCUGUCUUCAUUUGAUACAACAGGGCUAGGGAUACCACCCCUGUCUGGUCACACCCUUGUCCAGUAUGCUGGAUCAUUGGUGGGCUGUGACUUUCAUGCAAUAGCACAGGCUGCACAAUUUGUUCUCCAUGGCCUUACACAACUUGAAAUUGCAAUUCAAGAAUUUCUUGCUCACACUGCAUGCUGGACACCUUUCUGGUUCAACAAACCCAAAUUUCAUAUAUUGCUCCACCUUCCAGAGCAUAUCCAUUGCUUUGGUCCUGCUGCCUUGUUUGCCACUGAAGGAUUUGAGUCAUUCAAUGCAGUCAUCCAUGCCAAAAGUGUUCACUCAAACUGA